ACGAUAAUCGCGGUAUGCGGUCAUCUCAUUUAGCCUCCCUCGCAGAGAGAAAGAGAGAGAGAGAGAGAGAGAGAGAAGGCCACGGUCUCCAAUUAGCGAUCAAAAUCACUGAAAGACAGUGAAUAAUACUGAUCACGACAAUAAGACAUGCGCGUCCCGCUUCCGCUUCUCAAGGCGAGACGACGAACCGCCUUUGUCAUUACAAAGUAAGAAUCGUGACACACGAGAGAGGGAUGGGGAACUGUGUCAAUGUUACGGCAAUCGCAUCCCAGGUAUCUAUGUACUUAAGUAUAACGUGUGUGCUGCUCUUCGAGCCACGGGGUUAAUCACCUCGUGCCGCUUAUUGUGCUCCUAGCGAUCGAUCUCCUCGCAGACUGAAAAAGUGAUCAGCGCGAUCAGAGGCCGUAAGACCAUAUCGCAAGUUCGAAAUAAAAUUACGACGGUAUUGUAACGUCGAAUCAAGUGCCAUUGAGGGAUACCUCUCUAUAAGGUACCAAUAUAAUUUUAUCAUUCAAGUACAGAGACUCCGCGGGAUCAUUACGUUCUCGCGUAAGCGUCAUCAAGUACGGCCGCGUUAAUUAUCCGGAUGAAACACCUGUGAUACACAUCUUCUGCCACCAACGCGCGUGACUUUGCGCUCCGAAGGACUCCGGCCGUUAAGUUUCCGCGGCGCGAGGCGCGUCUCUCUGCUUCUCUCUCUUUUGUUCUCCCGCGUUGUUUCCUAGCAGCGAUGAUGUAACGAGUAAGGUGCAAGCGGUCAAGUCACGGCGCGACCUUGAAAAUCGAAGAUCGAGAGUAAUCCCCGCCGUCGAUGGUGAUGGUGAUCGUGGUGGUGGACGAGGUGAUGGUGGUGGUGGUGGUGGCAGUAAAGUGUAAUUGCACGAGUACAUACACCAUAUCCAAGUCCUAUCCCCUUCUUCCUUCGCUAGGCGCGCGGAAGGAAGGCCCCGAUCCUUGGACACUUUCUUAUAAAUGUACGUUGGUCACCGGCUCGCGCCUCAUUUGACGCUACACCCUUCUGCACACAGAGGGAUCGAUCCGCGGGAUCGCAUUUCGUUCUCUCUCGUUACCUGGUUCCUUCAACCGGCUUCCCUUCGUCGUCGCGCGUCACGCGGCUGAUCCAGUGUCGAGAAGCGGAAUUCCUUCUCGAUUCUCUCUCUCCGAAGCUUGAGAAUCUCGGGAGUCGCGGGAUUUAUUCGUCGAAGAAUAUUUGUCAAGCAAGGAUGCUUCGCUCGGUGACAGGAAAAUUGGCGUUCCUCUACAAGCCUUACGCGUUGGCUAUAGUGUCGAUCGGCUAUGUCCUGGGAGAAUUGGGCCACUAUCUGAUAGGUGUGACGAGCAAAGCGAUCGCCGAGGACCUGCACUACGGCGACAUAUCCUGCCAAUUUAAUUCGACGACACUGUCGGUGGUUGACCUUCCGGUACAAUGCGAAACCGCGAAAAAUUCCACCUACUGCCAAUCCCUGGAACUGAAUGGAUCCUAUUACUGCGAGUGGAAUUACAACGGCCUCGGUUUGGACUAUCAAAUCUUAGCGGGACCCAGCUUCAUCGCGGUUUUCACGAUCGUCGGUAUUAUCCUGGGCAUCGCGGCCGAUAGAUACAACAGAGUGAAACUACUGGCGGUCUGCACUCUAGUAUUCAGCGUCGCGAUCGUCUUGAGUGGUGCCGUGACGGAAUACUGGCAGCUCGUUAUUCUGCGAAUGGUCCAGGCGGCGGGAGAAGCGGGAUGCAAUCCUCUGGCAACUGGUCUUCUGUCGGACUGGUUCCCGGAAGAGCAGCGAGGCCUCGUCAUGUCCAUUUUCAAUUGGGGCAUUUACGGUGGUUACGGCAUUGCCUUUCCGGUCGGUCGAUACGUGCCGCGACUGAACGUCUGGGAUCUGGGUUGGAGAAUCUGUUAUUAUGGAGCCGGAGUGAUCGGCUUGGUCAUCGCCGUCCUCACCGGUCUGACGCUAACCGAGCCAGAAAGAAAGACGAUCGGCGAGGAAACGGCCAACGACGCGGCAAGAGUAUCAAUUUGGAAGGUGUUACUGCAACCGCGCAUUAUUCUCUUAUGCCUCGCCGCCAGCAUCAGACAUUGCGGCGGCAUGUGCUUCGCUUACAAUUGCGAUCUGUACUAUAGAGACUAUUUCCCGGACUACGAUCUCGGCUGGUGGCUUUUCGCCGUCACGAUCGUCAUCGGUAGUAUCGGCGUCGUGGUCGGCGGGAUAGUUAGCGACAAGAUCGUGGCCAAAAUGGGAAUUCGUUCACGUGUAGCUUGUCUGGCGAUCAGCCAGAUAAUCGCGACUCCCGGAGCAUUCGGCUCGGUAUACUUCAAUCCUCUUUGGGCCAUGAUCACGCUGGGAAUCUCUUAUUUUUUCGCCGAAAUGUGGUUUGGAAUAGUAUUCGCCGUCGUGGUCGAGAUCGUUCCUCUGAAUCUACGAUCGACCACCGUUGGGGUUUUCCUGUUCGUCAUGAAUAAUAUCGGCGGAAACUUACCAAUUCUCGUCGAGCCCACCAGAAUGGCCAUCGGCUUCAGGGAAUCGUUGUAUAUUUAUUACGCCGGCUUCUAUGGCAUCAGUGCUAUUAUGUUCUUCUUCACCAUGUUCCUAAUGGACGGUCCCGCAGAGGCGGAGAGGAAAGUGGACAAGGAAGCUCCGCCGGCGUACGACAAUAGCACAUUUACUAACGACGAUGGCCAAUUGCCAGCGUUGGAGUUGCCGCCGUUUCCGGCGCGGCCGCCGAUCUACGAACAGUCUCGGUUAUGAGCUGGAAGAGGCUCUUGCUCCUAAGAGUGUAAUGUAAAUAGUGUUUCGAGCUAUGCCGGGCAUGCGAGUCGCGUAGCUAAAGAUCGACAUUAAUCGGAGACGAUCGGAGACUCGUGGUACAAAAAGUUUGAUCGCCCACCGUCGAUAGAUUGAAAUUGAUCAAAUUUACAUCUCCCUUUCUCUCUCUAUGGUAGAAAAAUAUCAAACAUAUUUGUGAUUAUUUUUUCCUCGCCUGUCAAUCGUUCGGUCAGAUUGUUAAUGGAUUAAAGUUCCUCACGCCGAGCCAGAACUUGCGAAAUUGUGCGAAGGCACGAUUUACCAAGGCGACAACUGCGAUAAUUAAGAGCUCUGUUUUGUUUGAGCACGGCGCGUUACAAAACGCGCACGCCGGAUUACGUAAGAACUUUGAUAAAGAAGUUUACGAAAAGCUCGGUAAACGCCGACGAUCCUCAAGAAACGUUUUGCGUUCUUAAAAUAGAAUGUCUGUAAAGAGGAGAGCACCAUGUGCACUUUUGUAAAAGAAAAAAAAAAACAGAAAAAAUAAUAAACAUGGAAAUCUUGCUAUCUGCUAAAAGAGUUCAAGAUAGCAAUUUACGUCUUUUAGGAGCGUCUUUCAGGCUGGAUCCAAGUGUGUUGUAAAGCGGUUUACGCGCGCAUACGCGCGCGCAUUCACGUAUUCAACGUAAAUUGCAUUUCGCAAAAAAGUGUUUUAUUGAGAAAGUCACAUAAAUUAAUAUUAAGCUAAUAAUAUUAAGUGGCUAAUAUUUUGGUGUUAUCACAUGUCACAGACAGCCUGUCGAGUUCACCAUGGCAGAUAAUACAAAACGGUAAUAACGUUAUCAUACAUUUUACUAUUACACGUACGGACCACGCUGAUGAAACGCUACACAGGAUGCGAGUACUUCUAUAUAUGUACGGGAUUAGCUGCGCUCGAGAUUCGCCGUCCAUUUUUUUCUAUGUACAAAUUAUUUAAUAUAAAUAAACGAGUCUCUACACUUGUAAUGUA